AUGUGAUUUUUGCCAAUAAGCUCCUUUGUAGACAACAGCAUGUUGUUGAAAAAGUGUUGAAACAUCGCACAGCUGGACGGCUACAAUUACAAAAUUUAGAGAAGGUCACAUGAAGUCCAGCCCUCAUUUGUAGAUAUCAAGGGGACAACCAUAAGAUAAGUCACCUUAUAGUUUGUUAUACCGUUCCUUAUUGUUUGUUUUUCAUAGGUCCCCCAUUUUGAUACCAAAUAUCAGCAACAUCGACACGCAGUCCACUGCAGAAAUUGAAAAUGAGCUGGAUGCUGCUGCAAUACUGCAAAGUCUUACCAGUCUGGUGGAUGAAGGGACACCUCCUCGGUCUAACUAUGUCAAUGUGAUGAGGGACUCUGUUCUUGAAAGUGCUUUUAGAGCAUUCGAUAGACAAAGAUUUUCUCCUUGGCAUAGGCUCAAUGUUACCUUUGUCGACACUGCCGGGGUAACAGAGGGAGCUGUGGAUGACGGGGGGCCAACUAGGGAGUUCCUUCGCCUGCUAAUCACAGAAAUAAAAGACAGCUCUUUUUUUAAUGGCCCCGACUACAACAAGAAUCGGUCCUUGGUGUCUCGGAGUGUAGAUAAUGGCGACUACAGGAAUCUGGGACAAAUGAUAAGUGUGGCCCUUGUCCAUGGAGGAAUCAAGCCCUUAUUUUUUUCCCGGCGAUUAUACCACAGCAUAGCCAGUCGUCCAACACCCCCAGUCACUCUUGAAGAAGUGGAUGACAGAGAACUGCAGGAGCAACUGCAAAGGGUAAUAACUGCAGAAACUCUGGCAGAAGCACGGGAUGCCAUAAUGGAGGCUUCAGGUUCUCUUUGUCUUCUUGGCUGUUCUGCGGGUCUCCGAAGUCUGGAUGAAAAGGAGUACUUUACACAACAAGCUCUAAGGGCAUAUGUCGAAGGAAGGACACAGAAAGCUUUGGAGCAGUAAACAAAAACGAAAUUUUAUAUUUGAUCUUAAAUAUUAUGUUUUAUGUCAAAGUGGGAAAAUGAGAUGGCCCAUUUAAAUGUAUGCAAUUGAACAUAAGUAAGAGCUUUUCUUUGGUAAACACUCUUGUAAUGACUUCAAAGAGAGAUUUUACAUGUUUACAUUUUAUAUGUUCUGCUUCAUGCAGGAACGUUAUGAUAUGAAUGUUCUGUGUAGGUUUCUAAUUUAUAUAUUCUGCUACACUUUGUAUUUCCUUUAAAUUACUUUGCCAAAGGGGAAACAGCAAAUCUGAAAACAAGACAUGAGCAUGAUUUGAAAACAAGA